AUGGGGCAGCGAAGGAACCAGGGAGCAUGCGCGGUUUCUCCGAGCAUGCGCAGUCGCGCACCAGGCGUUUCUGAGCACCGCGGAGGAGACGAGGGCGACGCGGAGAUUUCCGCAGCCUCUGUGGGAGCGACAGGAAGUGAAGCGAUCCCGCCGAAGGGCCGCGGCGGCGGCAGCAGCAGCCGAGGCGGAAGGGGCGCUGCGGCGACGACGUCGUUGUUGUCGUCGUCGUCGACGGGGGAGGCCGAGGGAGCCGAGCGCGGAGGUGGCCGGCCCGCUCGGAAGCGGGAUCCCGAGCCGGGCAGGAUGGACCAUCACCAGCUGGGGACUGGCCGCUACCAGGUGCUUUACAAUGAAGAGGAUAAUUCUGAAUCAUCUGCUUCAGAGCAGCCGUCCACUUCAAACUCAAUACCACAGGCUGUGCUGACUGCCCCUUCUGUGCCGGCACCUGAGACAGACUCCUCUCCUCCACCAUAUAGUAGUAUUACCGUGGAAGUACCAACGACUUCAGAUACAGAAGUUUACAGUGAGUUUUACCCUGUGCCACCUCCCUACAGCGUUGCUACCUCUCUUCCUACAUAUGAUGAAGCUGAGAAGGCUAAGGCUGCUGCUAUGGCAGCUGCCGCUGCAGAAACAUCUCAAAGAAAUCCGGAGGAAGAGUGUCCACAAAGAGAUGACUUCAGCGAUGCAGACCAGCUUAGAGUGGGUAAUGAUGGCAUUUUCAUGCUGGCGUUUUUCAUGGCAUUUAUUUUCAACUGGCUUGGAUUUUGUUUAUCCUUCUGUAUCACCAAUACCAUAGCUGGAAGGUAUGGUGCUAUCUGUGGAUUUGGUCUUUCAUUGAUUAAAUGGAUCCUUAUUGUCCGGUUUUCUGAUUAUUUUACUGGAUAUUUCAAUGGACAAUACUGGCUUUGGUGGAUAUUUCUGAUACUUGGACUACUUCUUUUCUUCAGAGGAUUUGUUAAUUAUUUAAAAGUUAGAAACAUGUCUGAAAGUAUGGCAGCUGCUCAUAGAACAAGAUACUUCUUCUUAUUAUAGAGACUACAUCAACCCAACAUUCCUUUCUUAUGCCAAUGUGAAAUUUCCAUAUCAUCUGUAAACCUACAACUUUAAUAGGAUAGAAGACUACUACUAAUAAAAGAAAAAUUAGUGAAGAAAAGAUGGAGCUUCAAAAUUGAAUGGCAGGGUGGUUUUUUGUUUACAAGCCAUUUCUGUUCAUUCCUUUGUAUUUCAUUUGUUUUGCACAUUUGCAUAUGUGCCUAUUUAAAAUAUUUGCAUAUACUUGAAAGAAAUCGUAAAGUUGUAGCAGUAAAGUCCAGUCACAUUUGGUUAAUCAGUGUUUGCGAUAAUUAAAAGAGCUGAGUGAUAAACAGUCUUCCAGCAUGUAAAUGCCAAUGGCUUCUGACUUGAUGGUUAGUAUAAUAAAAGCAACAUUAUUAAUCUUGUCAUAUGCUUUAGUUUCCAGCUCUUAGAUUCAUCUAAUAAUUCUAUAUAUGAAUUAUCCUUUGAUAUAUAUAAAGUUUAUUAAUACCUGCAGUGCUGAUUAUUAGAAUGGAUUUGUCAUAUUUUUGAACAUGAUGUUAUUUAGACAGGUUCUUUCUGUAAAUAACCAUGCAUAAAUUCCUUUUUACAUCGUUUUCUUAGAAAUUGUGUCUAGAUAUCUGUUCAUUAAUUUUAAAUUAAGUGAACUAAUAUGUACAGAAACUUUAAGUGUUAUUCAAAUUUUAAGUGGGAAAAUUUUAAGAUGUGGAUAUAACAAAUGUCCUUUAUUAAAUAUAAAAAGAUUUAGGGGCAUAUUAGUUUUAGGGAAGCUUGGUUGUUAGUAUUACUCAUUUUAAAGAUUCAGGAAGGUAUUGAAUUUGAUAUUUAUUUCAUUUAAGACAGUUUAAAAAAUUAAUUAUCCAAAUAAGAUAUUCUAAGUUACAUUUGUCUUUUAAAAAGCCAAUAAAAAUAUCUUUCAAUGCCACUGUAAUUUUUUCUUUAGAUACUUAAUUUGUUAAGCUUAGCAAAUAAAGUCUUGUUCUGUUACUUUA